AUGAAAACGUUUACCGCCUACGGGUGGACGGUUUGCGCCUGGCUGCUGGUAACUCCCUUUCAAUAUGGCUACCACAUCUCCGUUUUGAAUCAAAUCCAAGCGGUCUUGACUUGCAAACAGCGGGAAUCAUUUGACUCCGAUGCCACACGACUUCCAUUAUGCAUACCAAUGGACGACUUCACCUUCUCUGCCGUAACCGCCGUGUUUACCAUCGGUGGCCUACUUGGCAGUGUCGUGGCGAAUCUUGUCACUGACAAGUAUGGAAGGAAGGGGGCGACGAGGGCCAGUGCGCUCCUCGCGGCGCUUGGUACGGCCUUCAUGACGGUAGCAGGGUCUGUCGGUAUCAUGGCAUUUGGACGCUUGCUGGUAGGCAUGGGCUCGGGUAUUGGCCUCUGCGUGGGUCCGAUAUACCUCUCUGAAAUAGCGCCUCCGUCAAUCAGCGGAAACGUCGGCGUCUUGACUCAACUUUCCAUUGUUCUCGGUAUAAUGAUCACCCAACUUUUGGGGAUCAACCUUGCCACCCCGACAACGUGGCGUCUAGUUCUGUUCGCAUCAUGCGCGCUUUCGAUAUUCCAACUGCUCACAAGUGCCAUUGCAUGCGAGACACCUGCUUAUCUUGGCGGAAAGGGCCUGCACGAACAGAAACGCGCGAUAUCGCAAAGGCUCUGGGGAACAGCAUCUAACAUAGCGAGGGCUGAGGUUACCGAUGCUUCAAGCCCAACUAGACGCCACGAGCCCCGCGAGGCUGUUGUCACUAUCCCCCAGCUAUUUGCGAAGCCUGAACUCAGGCAGCCCCUAAUGAUCGUCUGCCUCGCCAUGAUGUCGCAGCAGGUUUCUGGAAUAAAUGCUGUGCUGUACUACAGCAACGACAUCCUAUCGAAGGCCUUACCUGACUUUGGGCCGUACAUAUCUCUUGGCAUCACUGUCGUGAAUGUCCUCAUGACGUUUCCUCCCAUCGUCCUCAUUGAGAAAAUGGGGCGCCGUCCCCUGCUCACAGCAUCCACGGUUGGCGCCAUUGUUUCCCUUCUAGCCGUUGGUUACGGUCUCGACUCCAACUACGUCGCGUUGUCUAGCAUUGCGAUCAUCACAUUUGUUAUGUCUUUCGCCAUCGGUUUAGGGCCAGUUCCAUUUGUCAUGAUCCCAGAGGUCUCGCCGUUUUAUGCUGUGUCGGCUCUGUCAUCUACUGGUCUUUCUUUAAACUGGAUAGCCAAUUUCUUCGUCGGCCUCAUUUUCUUGCCCCUCCGCAACUUCCUCUCUGGCGCUUCGCAUGAUAAAGAUGGCCGCGUGUUCUAUCUCUUUGCCUUCAUUCUCGCUUUGUCAAUGGGCGCGCUGAGCAGGGUGUAUCGAGGAUAA